CACUUACAAUCUGACAACCCUUGCAAUUCUCCUCAGAGCAACCCCCCUCUCCACAGAAGACCAGAGUAACCUCUUACAUUAGGAUCAUCAGGCUCUGAUAAACUGGAUUAUACCCAUCUUGCAGGAUCAGAUUGUAAGUCUCUUAUCAUUCUCCACCUUGCUGGGGGGAGGAGGAAGAAUCACACUCUUUCAUAAAUUGAAAGGCAAAAAUCAAAUUGAGAUCCAAGAAUUUAUUUGAAUUUUUUUCCAAAGGAACUGUGUUUGGACAUAACUACUGGAUAAGAAAAUAUCUGAGACAAGAGUGAGUAUGACCCAAAGAAAAAUGUGGCUGGAAUCUGGACACACCUUUGCAUCUUGAUCUUGUUGUUGAACUGUAGCAUAAAACACAUUAAAUCAGAUUUAGUGAUGGAGAGAAAUUGGAUCAUUCAGUCGCUGCUCCUCUUGUCAGUUACCAUGUUUUUUGCCAUUGCUAUACCAAAUGAGCAGAAUCAAAAUGUGACACAAGACUACACUCAUUUGAGUGUGACUAGGAAUAAAAUUAUGACAGCACAGUAUGAAUGCUAUCAGAAAAUUACACAAGAUCCUAUUCGUAGUAAAGAAGGUCCUUACUGUAACAGAACAUGGGAUGGUUGGUUGUGUUGGAAUGAUGCUGCAGCAGGAACCAUAUCAGUACAACGCUGUCCUGACUACUUUCAGGACUUUAACCCAUCAGAAAAAGUUACAAAGAUUUGUGACCAAGAUGGAAACUGGUUUAAACAUCCUGAAAGCAACAGAACAUGGACAAACUACACCCAGUGUAAUAUCCGUACACAUGAAAAAGUAAAGACAGCCCUGAAUUUGUAUUAUCUGGCCAUCAUCGGGCAUGGUCUUUCAAUUGCAUCACUUUUGAUUUCCCUUGGCAUAUUCUUUUAUUUUAAGAGCUUGAGUUGCCAAAGGAUCACCCUGCAUAAAAAUCUGUUUUUCUCUUUUAUUUGCAACUCCAUCGUUACAAUAAUUUGGCUGGCGGCAGUUGUCAACAACCAGCAGUUAGUUGCAACUAAUCCAGUUAGUUGCAAAGUAUAUCAGUUCAUUUACUUGUAUUUAAUUGGUUGCCAUUACUUCUGGAUGCUUUGUGAAGGCAUUUAUCUGCAUACUCUCAUUGUGGUGGCUGUCUUUGCAGAGAAACAACACUUGAUGUGGUAUUAUCUUCUCGGCUGGGGAUUCCCACUGAUCCCUGCCUGCAUACAUGCUGUAGCAAGAAUUAUGUAUUUCAAUGACAACUGCUGGAUCAGUUCUGAAACUCAUCUGCUGUACAUUAUCCAUGGGCCUAUUUGUGCUGCUUUAGUGGUGAAUCUUUUCUUCCUGUUGAAUAUUGUUCGAGUUCUGAUAACCAAGCUCAAAGUCACACACCAGGCAGAAUCCAACCUAUACAUGAAAGCUGUGAGAGCUACACUCAUUCUAGUGCCACUUCUUGGCAUUGAAUUUGUGCUGUUUCCAUGGCGACCAGAAGGCCGUAUUGCUGAAGAAGUAUAUGACUAUGUGAUGCAUAUCCUUACGCAUUAUCAAGGUCUGUUGGUGGCUACAAUUUUCUGCUUUUUUAAUGGAGAGGUCCAAGCUGUUUUGAGAAGGCACUGGAAUCAGUACAGAAUCCAAUUUGAGCACAGCUUCACUCACUCAGAUGCUAUGCGCACAGCUUCCUACACGGUAUCAUCCAUCAGUGAUGUUCAGGGCUACAGCUUCAAUCACGAUUUCACGAAUGAACAUUUAAAUGGGAAAAGCUACCAUGACAUGGAGAAUAUUGUUUUAAAAGCUGAAAAGCUGUAUGGUUGACUGCAGAAAUGCUGUAUUGCCCGCAUUCUAGUCCUAAUAGCUCAUGAACUUGACGUUUGAGUUAAUGACUUCGUGGCCAGAAGAUUUUUACCUCACUGGGGACAUGUUUUUCCUGAAUGAUGCUAAGUUAAGACAAUGCAUUUCUCAUGUGUAUAUACAUAUGCACAUAUAUGUUCAUACAUAGAUAUAAGUACAUAUAUAAAGAACCAGACUUUGCCUCUUCCGUUUCUACUGUGUAGACCAAGUUGGCAAUUAUUUUGUAUGCAGGGACUCAAUGAAGGAUUUCUUAUUUUCUUGAAAGUUUGUGUAAAGACUGCGUUGCAUUGAAAGCCAUUUCAUUUACCUGCAAGAACUCAUCUUGUAAAUACUGUCUUAAUCGUAAUAUAUUUGCUAAAUUCA